UCACUCUCAGAGUCCGGUGGUGGUCCGAAGAAGAAGAGCCAGCAAUGGAACACGAUGAGCCGGAGAAAAUGGUGGAGGUGAAGAAGGCGUACGCGGAGAUAAUACUGAACACGGCGAAGGAAGCGGCGGCGAGAGUAAUGGCGGCGGAGCGGAGAGCUGUUCGGUUCGAGCACGAUCUGCGUGCUACUAAAGACGACGCGCUUCAGAUGAUGCUCCGAUUGAAACAGAUGAUCGAUUUCAAGACAAAUGAAGCACAUAUGACAUCCUUGAAACGAGAUAGAAAGAUUGAAGAGCUUGAAGCGCAGCUCUUUGAGGCGGAAGAUAUUAUAACUGACCUAAGAUCAGAGUUGAAACAAGCAUGGGGUGAAUUGGAGAGGGUGAGUCCCGACCAAGUGCAGCCUCUGAAUGGAGAAACCGAUGAUACCUCUUUUUCCGGAAAUCUGACACCUGAGCCUAUGACACUCUCCUGUUCAGGAUUAGGGCAUGAAGAUGCUUUAAGUUCUGAUCUGAAGAACACAUCUGUGUUUAAAGGUCUGGACCAUAAGGUCUCUAAUGGUCUAGAACAAACUGAGCAGCAGUUGAGUGGAAAUACCACAAGGGAAGAUGCGUCAUUUUCCGGAAACGUGACACCUGAGCCCAUGACACUCUCUCCUUCAGGUUUACGGCAUGAAGAUGCUCCAAAUUCUGGGCUGAAGAAAACCUCUGUGUCUAGGAGUCCAGACCCUAAAGCCUCUAAUAGACUAGCACAAACUGAGCAGCAAUUGAGUGGAGAAACCACAAGGGAAGAUGCCUCAUUUUCUGGAAAUGUGACACCUGAGCCCAUGACACUCUCUCCUUCAGGUGCACGGCCUGAAGAUGCUCCAAAUUCUGGGCUGAAGAACACCUCUGUGUCUAGAAGUCCAGACUAUAAGGUCUCUAAUGGACUAGAACAAACUGAGCAGCAUUUGAGUGUUUCUGAUUCAGACAAAUUUUGUGCCCCAGUUUGUGACUUUGACUCUAUAAUCAUGAGAAGUAAGGAGCCUGAGCUGCUCAGAAAUGGAUGCACACAGCGAGUUCGUGCUUUUGAAAGUAACUCAUUUAAUGUUAAACUGCCGCUUCCAGGAUACGAGGACAAUCACAAGUCUCAGAGGAAGAACGAGUUGAAUGAGUUGAUUGUGAAAGAAAGUGACAAUGGCAUAGAUUUAGUUAAGCAACCAUCUUCCAAAGAAACCAAAACCCUUGUCAAAGUCCGGACAAUACGAAGAAAGAAGACUCAAUUUGGGGAAGCCAAAACCUCCCAGCUAUGUCGUCCUAAUCAGCUAAUGAGUUCAUGUCAACCUUCCUCAACCAGUGGAAAGGAUGGAUCCCAUAAUGAUGCAUGUAUUCAGCCAUCUCCUGUUCUUUCCCGCUGCAAAACAUUUGCCUACUUAAUUAAUGGUGAUGUUAAAUCUUGUGAAGAUCAACCAAACACAGCUGAAAAAACUGAAGCUAAGAUGAAGCCAUUGCCCCGACUGGAUCCAGGAAGGACAUUAAUUAGAAGAGGUGUGGAUCCUAUCUCAGGUUCAACUAGUGUUAAGGUCAGCAUUAAGGGCAUUAGCAGUUCUGGACCUGUCCAGAAUGAUGCAGACAAAGGUAGCAAGUUGAUCGAUGUGUCUGUUUCCAUAAAGCCGGGAAAGGAUGUUAUGGAGAAUUCAGAAGCUCCAAGUACUGAAUUGAGCCUCGGCACUAGUGCUGUAUUAGGAAUGAAUACUGAACUAACAGAUGUUAAAGUAUCAGAACAAUCAAGUGAGUCUCCUAGUCACGUGGACAACAGAGGACUUCGCAAGGACACUUCCCAGAGGAAGCGCAAGGAUUUCUCAGGCAACCCUGAUGAAACUGCUUCAUUUGAGGAGAACACAACUAAGAGGCGGGCAGAAGAGAGAGAAUCUAUCACACCACAGCUGCAAAAUGAAUCGUCUAGGGACAGUCGAAGGCUGGCUCAGGUUGCUCGACAGCUCAUAUCUUUGUCUGGGAAGAGAUGGUGAUGGUGGCUUCCAAAAUCCAACGAGCAUAUUUGAAUUGAAGUUUUGAGUUACUUCUGGCUGGUAAAGAAUCAGAGCGGCAUGAUUGGGAAAUGGCUGGAGGUGAAGAAAGUUUAUGCAGAAUCAGGGAAAAAAAUCUAAGGACAUUGGGGGGUUUCCAGAAGGUGGGGGUUUGGUAUUCCUUGUACACUUGGGAAUUUAACAUUUAUGGGAGCAGAGAUGGUAUAAGUUAUACAUUUAUAUUUCUUAGCAAAUAGCAAGUUCAAAUAAUUUCAGAUGAUUGUUGGGUCAGAGGCCUAAAGGACGCGUCCUCUUGGAUUAGGAGGGUAUCAAAUCAACCCAGUGAACUUGACCAGCAGACUCUAGUUCUUGUAGAACUAUCACAUGAGGAUUCAGUCGAAUGCCUUUUUCCCGUUUCAAUCUUGAUGAGUAACAGCUCUUCCGUUUCAAUCUCGAUGUUGCUAAUUAUAAGCCUGGGCUGCAUGAUGCCUCUUAUGUGUUAAUUGGCACACGAUUUGAUAGGGUUUAAAGUUUCAA